CAUGACGUUGAGGUCAAGGCGGGGCCUCCUCCCGUUCCUCCCCCGGCUGCGGCCGCCGCGGCGGUGGCUUUGCAUCUCCAAAAGGGGCCCUCUGACUUCUCACUGGGCCAGUCCGGCGCUGGGUGGCGGAGUCCCACACUGCUCCCGCCGGUCUGAGAGCGGGACUCCCUUCUCCCCAGAGUUGCGAGCAACUUUCCCCGCCCCUGGCGCUAAAGUGGCUCGGGGACCGUGGCCGCCGCCGCAGGUGGGUGAGCCCCGGGCCCGGCUCUCCGCAUCUCGGCUGUGCCUCGGCGCGUGCACCGUGGGGGUCCCCGGCGUCGGCUCUGCAGGCGAGAUGCCUCUGGGACACAUCAUGAGGCUGGAUCUGGAGAAGAUCGCCUUGGAGUACAUCGUGCCCUGUCUGCACGAGGUCGGCUUCUGUUACCUGGACAACUUCCUAGGCGAGGUGGUGGGCGACUGCGUGCUGGAGCGGGUCAAGCAGCUGCACUACAACGGGGCCCUACGUGACGGCCAGCUGGCGGGGCCGCGCGCCGGCGUCUCCAAGCGGCACCUGCGGGGCGACCAGAUCACGUGGAUCGGGGGCAAUGAGGAGGGCUGCGAGGCCAUCAACUUCCUCCUGUCCCUCAUCGACAGGCUGGUCCUGUACUGCGGGAGCCGGCUGGGCAAAUACUAUGUCAAGGAGAGGUCCAAGGCAAUGGUGGCUUGCUAUCCCGGAAAUGGAACAGGUUACGUCCGCCAUGUGGACAACCCCAAUGGUGACGGCCGCUGUAUCACCUGUAUCUACUACCUGAAUAAGAAUUGGGACGCCAAGUUACAUGGAGGAGUUCUGCGGAUAUUUCCGGAAGGGAAAUCAUUCGUAGCAGAUGUGGAGCCCAUUUUUGAUCGACUCCUAUUCUUCUGGUCAGACCGCAGGAACCCACAUGAAGUUCAGCCCUCCUAUGCGACCAGGUACGCUAUGACUGUCUGGUACUUUGAUGCUGAAGAGAGGGCGGAAGCCAAAAAGAAAUUCAGGAAUUUAACUAGGAAAAGCGAAGACUGACUGGUGUGUGAGAUCCGCUGGCCCCGUUCAUUUAGUAAUGGUUCCUGAAAUUCUAAGAGUCAAGAGCCAAAGAGUCUGUAAAAUCCCCCUCCUGCCUCCAUCAUUCACAUCCCUGUCUUGUUUGUGGUACUUCAUGUUUUCUCGCCAGGACUGCGUUGACCUUCAGACACUCUCUUUGCCAGAUGAACUCAUUGGCUAACUUUAGAAAUACCUGCCGACAUCCUUAUUGGCCAGCGGUUUUACUGAUAGAUUUGGGGGUACGGCUGUGGAGACAAGACCCCGGGAGCCAAGGAGUGACUCUUAUUUGCACUUUAUGUAUACUUCUUGAUUUGAAAGGAGGAGGUUUGCAAAACCCAUGGGUGACAGAUGCCAUAAAGAGGCACCCUGAAACCCUAGCAGCAAGAAACAGAUACACAUCAUCUCAACCAUUUCCAGAUGUUAACCCAAGACUGGACAGUUACAACAACCUAAUGACAUUAUUACCUCUAGAAAGGGCUGCUGUCAUCGUGAUCAGUGUAGAAGUGUCCCAUGGUGGACACGCCUUUUUCCUGGCCCUACAACCUGGACUUUCUAAAUCAAUGACUUUCUUGUUGAAGAUGACACCACCAUUAUUCUCUAUUUUUUUAUUUCUUGCAGAGAAUAAAAACUGGCCAUGUAGUUUGGGUUGUUUUUCUGGUAUUGAAAUUGGAAGUUAAAUCAAAGGACAGAAAUCUUCCUGGUAGUUCAGCAUUAGCUUCUGCUAACUGUGUGGGCAGAGCAAAGCCCUGCUGUACAAUACCCAUGUGUGUGGUGAACAGGUUGAGAAGAGAGACGUGAUGGGAAGCGCGGGAAAUCCCUUCCGUCAGUGUUCCUUUUAACCGUUCAUAAUUAGCAACGACAAAGAGCAGCGUGCUGUAUUCUUGAAAGAGAUUGGAAAUGAAAAGAUCUCAAAGCUGUUAGAGUUCUGCCCCCGCCAGCCUUCCUGUAGCCACCCGGACCCUUGAGAGCAACUGGUUGGUAGUGCGGCCGGACUUGUGGAAUUUGCUAGAACUGUGGAAGGUUCUGCUGCCGCAGGAUGCAGAUGCCACUUCCUCCAGAACUCUGCACUUAGCGCCUGUUUUGCAAAAGUUACCCGUCCAAGUUUUUGCUUCUACCUCCCGUCUCUCAAACCUCUUUAAUUUCUUGCUAGAAUCCCACAAGCAUCACAGACCCGGAAAUGUUUUGUUUCAUCGUGUUCAGAUGUACAGACUUUCCAAGAAAGAAGCUGAUAUUUUUCCUUUAAUCAUUUUGGAAAGUGUCCAGAAAGACCUGCCAUUGCCUCCCACCAUGGCUCUGUUUUAUUUUAUUUAGUAUCUUCCGCCUCUUCUAACUUACAAUGUCACUUCCUUAUUUAUUAUGUUAUUGUCUUGUAGCCUGUGAUGUCUAGAGUGUUAAGUACAACGAAGACAGGGAUUUUGUACAUUUUUGAUCAAUGCAACAUAUUCCCAGCACCUAACCCAAUGCCUGGCACAUAGCAAGGACUUAGUAAAUACAUGUCCAAUAAACUCAGUCUCCUCCAUAA